AUGCCCGAUGGGCUGUUCGUUACUGAUGUUCCUAAGCUUCCUGAGCAUGACGGAUUUAAGAUAAUUACAUGCGAAUCGGCUCCAGCAUCAAUAAUGGCUAGCGAAAUGAUUUCUAAUAACAAUAACCCACCCCAAUCAGCACCUAUGCCUGUAAAUGUCAGUCCCAUGUCUUUGUGUAGCAGUAAAAUUAAUUUAAAUGGAGAUGACAACAUAAUACACAACUAUAAAGAUGUCAGUUCACCUAUCAGAGGGUCAAGUCCAAUUUCGGGUAUCGAACCAAUGCCACCUUCGACAGAUGAAGAACCUUUUUCUGAUUCUGGAUCUUCAUGGAUUCCGGACACAGAUGAAGAAAAUAAAAUAAAAAGGAAAAGUAGUUCUUUAAUAAACAUCAAUAUUUCAGUAGCUAAGAAGAAAAAAAGAGUUAAGAUAUUUGAACGAAUAAACCCCAUUUUGUCGAGUGACUUGAAGAUGAAACAGGUAAUAUUAUAA